UCUAGUUUAGCUGCAUGUUUCAGAACUUAUUAUGGAUAGUUUGGUUUGAAAAUAGUUAUUUCAGGAUAAUUAAUAUUCAAAUUAGUUAUUUUGGGAUUAUUCGAGAUAACUUAUCUCACCAUGUAUAUGGGAUAAGUUAUCUAGAGAGUAAGAAGAAAAUAAUGGGAUAACUUACCUCGAGUUGGAGUUAUCUCUCCAAUCAAACACUUGAAAAAUGUGUUUUUUUUAAUUAUCCCGGAUAACAAUUUCAAACCAAACGACAAGUAUUUAUCUGUAUUCAAAUUUCAUUUACUGUUGUAAUUAAUGUUCUUUCCUUCCAAAAGAAAAACAAACAAAAAAGACUCUUAACAAUCUUUAAACUCAGAUUUCAUUUUCUUUAUUUCUACUACUCUAUACUAGUAUAUCAUGUCGGUGCUAGUUCUUGAAAACUAGAAAGUCUGAAUGUUCCAUAUUUGUGUUUUUGGAAAGUAGAAAGAGAAUUAUGGGAGAAACUCAUAAUCAUGGACACAACCACCAGCCACCGCCGCCACAGACGGCGGCGCCACCGCCAGCAAUGCCACUUGGUGCGGCUAAAGGACCUUUGUUUCCUCCUGCUGAACAACUACUUCAGCUUCACUACUGCAUACACUCUAAUCCUUCUUGGCCACAAACUGCCUUGCUGGCUUUCCAACACUACAUAGUUAUGCUUGGAACUACAGUUAUGAUUGCCACCGUGCUGGUACCUCAGAUGGGUGGGGGUCCGGGUGAUAAAGCUCGAGUUAUCCAGUCCUUGCUUUUCACAUCAGGAGUGAAUACUCUCUUGCAAACUCUCAUUGGCACAAGACUUCCCACUGUGAUGGGUCCGUCGUUUGCUUACCUUAUAUCAGCCCUGUCGGUCAUUAACGAUCUUUCUGGCAGUAACUUCCGGAGUGAGCAUGAGAGAUUCGAGCACACUAUGAGAGCUAUUCAAGGGUCGCUGAUUGUGUCUUCCUUUAUCAACAUAAUACUUGGAUAUAGCCAAGUCUGGGGAAAUCUUACAAAGUUUUUCAGUCCUGUUGUCGUUACGCCCCUUGUCUGUGUUGUAGGUCUUGGUUUGUUUGGUAGAGGCUUUCCUCAGGUGGGUGAUUGUAUAGAGAUUGGCCUACCUAUGUUAAUUCUACUUAUCAUUUCCCAGCAGUAUAUGCAACAUGUUCAUCCAGUUGCCCAAUCCAUACUUGAAAGGUUUGCUUUGCUCCUCUGCGUUGGGCUUAUCUGGGCUUUUGCUGCUAUUCUUACCGUUGCUGGUGCUUACAACCAUGUAAAGGAGCAAACUAAGCUGAGCUGCCGAGUUGACCAUUCAUUCCUCUUGUCAUCAGCUCCAUGGGUCAAAGUCCCUUACCCUUUCCAGUGGGGGACUCCCAUAUUCAGAGCUAGCCAUCUCUUUGGAAUGAUGGGUGCUGCACUUGUUUCAUCAGCAGAGUCAACAGCAACGUUUUAUGCUGCGUCAAGGCUUGCAGGGGCCACAUUCCCUCCGGCACAUGUUGUGAGUAGAAGCAUUGGCUUACAGGGUAUAGGACAGCUCUUCGAUGGGUUCUUCGGUGCUGUUGUUGGCACUACUGCAUCUGUAGAGAAUGUCGGCCUUCUGGGACUAACUCGUGUUGGGAGUCGACGAGUUGUUCAGAUUUCUACUGCUUUCAUGAUCUUCUUCUCGAUAUUUGGAAAAUUUGGAGUAUUCUUUGCUCAAAUUCCUAUACCUAUAUUUGCAGCUAUCUACUGCAUCUUAUACGGUAUAGUUGCUGCUAUUGGUAUUUCCUUCAGCCAAUUCGCCAACAAGAACUCCAUGCGGAAUAUAUACGUGCUCGGUAUCUCUCUAUUCCUCGGUAUAUCUAUACCCCAAUACUUCGUGAUGAACACGGAUAUUGCUGGCCACGGACCUGUUAGAACUCCAGCUGGAUGGUUUAACGACAUAUUGAACACGAUCUUUUCUUCACCUCCUACCGUUGCAACGAUUGUUGGGACAUUCGUAGACAACACGCUCAAAGCGAGACACUCGAAAGAUGAUAGAGGUGUUCCAUGGUUGGUUCCAUUCCAGAGGAGGAAAGGAGAUAGCAGAAAUGAUGAGUUUUACAGUUACCCUCUUAGAAUUAAUGAGUACAUCCCAAGUAGAUUUCUGUGAGAACUUAUACAUCCAUGUAUAUGACUAUCAAAAGCUGUAUGACAAUUUCUUUUUAGCUCACAACUUAGUACAAUUUUUGUCAUGUUCAGUUAUUAUUACAUGAAAUUUGUGAACAUCAGACAAUUGAGGCCUGCAAGUUUUUAUGAUGCAUAGCCAGUAGGAUUUAAGUUUA